AUGCCCACCCACACAAACCUUCUCAACAACGGCAGAUUUGUUGGAUCUCGCAUGGGCCUUACAUCCAACGACGUUGUUUGUUGUCCACCUCCUCUGUUUCACUGUUUCGAACUUCGUGCACGGAAGCACGAUUGUCUUUCCAAGCAAUUCGAUGCGGAUCGGGUGCUCGACGCCAUUGUGCAGGAAGACUGCACGUCUCUCUAUGGAGUUCCGACCAUGUUUAUCGCUGUGAUCGAAGCUCAGAAGAGAUAG